AGGAGGCAGUGAAGCAGGGGACAGGGCAGAGCUUGAAGGGGGGUCGGGGGGAGUGGUUAGCCUUUCUAACUGGCUGUAUAUAGAGAAGGCAGUCUGACAAGCCAGAUCCAGUGAGAGAGUGAGGAUACGACACAAGAAAGACUUAAUUUUUACCUCUCUACCUGUGGAUGACUUCCUGAGCAACACAUCAGCAAAGCUCUGCAGUUUUCUCUCGGAUUACAAAACCAGGAUUUGUCUCUAAACUCAAGAUUUAUCAUGAAGCUCUUCCUGUUGACUGUGGCGGUGCUGCUGCUCCUGGUGGUGGGAGAGAGCACUGCAGAAAGAAUCCUGUCUAGAAGGACCAAGAGGGAGCUUGCCAGUCCGCUCCAUGUUGGAAGCAUCAGGGACCCGUUUGGCUCCUACUGCGAGAGGAGAGGAGGCUGCUGCCCAGGCAGAGACGACCUUUGCACGGUUCCCUACCUGGACACCAUCUGCUACUGCGACCUGUUCUGCAACCGCACCGUCUCUGAUUGCUGCCCUGACUUCUGGGGCCAUUGUCUUGGCAUACAGCCACCUUUCAUAGGCACCUGCGAAAGAAAUGGCAACAAGUUCUUUUCAGGGCAAACAUACAAAGAGAACUGCAAUUUAUGUACAUGUGGGACAACAGGACGCUGGGAGUGUGAGCAGAACGCCUGUCUGAUGGAGCCUGACAUUAUCCAUGCCGUCAACAGAGGAAACUAUGGGUGGAAGGCAGCAAACUACAGUCAGCUUUACGGCAUGACUCUGGACGAGGGCAUCCGGUUCCGCCUGGGCACACAGAGACCCUCCAGGACUAUUAUGAAUAUGAAUGAGAUCCAGAUGAACAUGGAUGCUCAAACUGAUCGUCUGCCACUCUACUUCAACUCAGCAGAGAAGUGGCCAGGAAAGAUUCAUGAACCACUUGACCAGGGCAACUGUGCUGCAUCCUGGGCUUUCUCAACUGCAGCUGUAGCAUCAGACAGAAUCUCCAUCCAGUCAAUGGGUCAUAUGACUCCUCAGCUGUCCCCACAAAAUCUAAUUUCCUGUGACACGCGUAACCAGGGAGGCUGUGCAGGUGGACGCAUCGAUGGAGCCUGGUGGUACCUCCGGCGUAGAGGAGUAGUGACAGACGACUGUUAUCCAUACCGACCUCCGCAGCAAACACCAGCGGAGGUGGGCCGCUGUAUGAUGCAGAGUCGCUCGGUUGGUCGGGGGAAGAGGCAGGCCACACAGCGCUGCCCCAACACGGACAACUACCACAACAACAUCUACCAGUCCACACCGCCCUACAGGCUCUCAUCCAAUGAAAAGGAGAUAAUGAAGGAGAUUAUGGAUAAUGGCCCUGUGCAAGCUAUAAUGGAGGUCCACGAAGACUUCUUUGUCUAUAAGAAUGGGAUCUACAAACAUACUGAUGUCAGCUUCACCAAACCUCCACAAUACCGCAAACACGGCACACACUCAAUCAGGAUCACUGGGUGGGGAGAGGAGAGAAACUUUGAUGGGACAUCAAAAAAAUAUUGGAUUGCUGCCAACUCCUGGGGAAAGAACUGGGGAGAGAACGGCUACUUCCGUAUUGCUCGUGGGGACAAUGAGUGUGAGAUUGAAACAUUUGUGAUUGGUGUGUGGGGCAGGAUCACAAUGGAGGACAUGCACAACCAUCAUCACCACCAUCGUCGCAGACACAUUUAGAGACACAGCAGAUGUUAAAACCCCACAGAGACCUUUUGUUUUUAAUUUGUUUUCAAGAGUCUCAGAAUUUAAGCAGAAUUUAAGCACAUCCACAAAAAUCAACCCCAGAGCCCCUGAACCCUGUCUUUUUAUACGUUACUUCACUCUGGGGAUCAAUACAACCCCUCUUCUCUUCCAUCUGAGAACAACACUUCCUACUGUCCUUGUAACUUGAGGUUUAGGGCACCAAAAAAAACAAACAAAGAUAAACUCAGCUAAGAUAAAGCUCUUUUAUGUUGCCUUAUAAUUAUGCACCUCAGGUACCUACUGAUCCAAAGACCACACUUCCCAGAAUCCUCAGUGUAAUAUCUGGUGAAAAAUGUUCAUGUUGGGUGACGACAGAAGGAGAAACUCAAUCUGAUCUUUUUUAUUCUUUUUUGUGCUUCUUUGUCAACCUGAACCUUUAGUCUUUGCUAAAUCUUGAAUCCAGAAUGACCAAACUUCAGAGGGACAGUUUGGAAAAGAGGAAAUCUGAUAGCCAGAUUAUCAGACAUCAGACCCUUUCAGAGUGACACACCCAGCUGAACUGUGUAACAUGAUAAUAUAUCAUAGAUGACCUUACUGACAUUUACCUGUCUGCUAAAUGAAGGCACAGUUUGGCUCAGUCCCUCAGUUUUAGAGAGGAUGCUUGUAUGGAGUCAGUAGCUGCAAGUGGUAUGAGUUUCUCACACAUUCCAGUAAAAAAGCUAAAUCUGACACUGGAAACAGUGGAGCAUUUCAUGUGUUUGAUGGGUAUAAGAUUACAAUACUCUGAUUUGAGAUUUUAAAGUGCCACCUACCAUGACCAAAAUGACUCCCAACACCACUCGAUAUUUUAAAGCAAUUUAAUAAUGAAUCGGGCCCUAAUUCAACACAUUUAUAGUGUCAAUAGGCUACAUUAGAUUAAACAUGUCAUUUGGCUGCAGGUGAAAUAAAACAAUUUCAGCCCUAAUAAAUGAAAAAAGUCACCAUAAACAAUGAACAUAUAAAUAAAAGCCAUGCUGCACAUUCUUGACCCCAUCAUGACAUCUAAAAGAUAAAACUCUGAUGCGUUAAGAGGUUAAAAGAAUUGUAAUACUUUGAAGAAACAGAGUUGUUUUGACCUCUGCGAAAGAAAGUGUUUGUGUAUAGUAGUCUUAAUUUGCUCCGUUCCAUGUACAAUGUUACAAUUUGAGCAAAAGAAGUUUUAUUUUACUACUUGUUUUACCAUGUACUGUAUUUAGUAACUGUCAUAACACACUCAUCACUCAGUCGCUUUUCUGCUUGUGCUUCAACAUGGUUGUAACUGUUUGACCACAGCGGGGAGGAUGAGGGGGGAUACUGCUGCUAAGUCAAAUCUGUGCUACAGUAUUUGACUGCAGAGUCUGUAGUUUGAUGCAUUUCAUAUGUAAUAAACCAUGUAAAGCCACUUCUAACUAACACAGAAACACUUCAAGUCACAUAGGUGGCAGAUGUGCUGUUUGGCUUAAUGUUCUCAUAUUUUAUUUUAUUGUUUUCUGCUAGGAAACUUAACAUGUUCCAACUUAUCAGCCGUGUGUCUACACUGCUUGAUGUCUUUAUUUCAACCGAUUGCAGGCUGAUUGAGGGAUCUUUCUGAUCUUUUUGGGGCACAGCCACACUUAAAAGGCAAGUGCAUGGUGUAGUAUUACCACUUACCUUAAAUUACAUCCUUGUGUGCUUUAGCUGUCACUUCAAAAGGCUUUACCAUUUCUAUAUCAUCGCGUCUUGUGAUCUUUAAGGUCCCUCUAUCAUCUCCUUCAGGCAUGGAUAAACAGUUAGGCAUAAAAGCAAAGGUGAAAUGUCUGGAUGGACUGGCAAUGUGCAAUGUGUUGGAUAGAUAAGCAGUUAUUGCAUGUUUCUCAUUCAAUGUACCGUAUCUUUGCUUUCAUUCUGGAGUGAGCGAGGGCAGGGCAAGAAGAAGGGCAGCCCAUCAAUAUGAGAUAAAUGACACCAAGGCCAAUGUGAAACUAAACUCUUUGGCCUGAAGCGUGAUCAUGUCAAUCUUCUGUCAGCAGAAAGGAGAUCUUUCUAUAUAUUCUAUAUAUUUUCUAUUAUGUGUGGGCAUGUUGCUAUAGCUCCUUUACAAGAGAGAAAAAGAUCAAUGGACAAAACUUAAGUUGCUAGGUUGAUUUAUGUCACUGUUCCGCAGUCCUCACUGGAAGUUCACAGAGUAGUCUUGUUUGUUUCAUUACAAUUUAUUUUCACUAGAAGUUGGGAAGCCUUUAUCUUUAUUUAUAGAAGCUAUUUCAUCACCUCCUCAAGCAGCAUCAAUGUGAGAUGAAUGAGUUCUGUACCUGUGUUACAAACACUGGUUUGUACCAGUGGGUUGAGAAAAUCAGACAAAUGGCUGUUUUCAUGCAGAAGGAAGUAUUGGAAUCAGACCAACGCUAGUAGAGACAUCUAAUUUGUCAGUGUCCAUUUAUCCAACAUAUGUGGCAUGUUAAUUAUUUUUAUGUAAAAUGAACCACUUCACUGAUGUUUAGACUUUAUUUAUGACAAAAUGUGUAAAGUAUAUACUUUUAUUCCUUGUUUGUCUGUGCAAUGUGUUAUUCUCUCUCUGUCUCUUGUAUUGUGUGCACUAAAUGCAAUACCACAUUAGUUUUCACUUGUGCAGCACAAUAAAGUCUUUCCAAAACCA